AUGUUGUCCAGGAAAGCGAGGCUCGAUGCACAUGGGGAAGACUCUUCCUACUUCCUAGGAUGGAAAGAGUACGAGAAGAAUGCGUAUGAUGACGUUCAAAAUCCAACUGGGAUCAUUCAGAUGGGUCUAGCCGAGAACCAACUCUCCUUCGACCUUCUUGAGUCAUGGCUAGCAAGUAACCAGGAUGCAGCUAGGUUGACAAAAAACGGGGAAUCCGUGUUUCGAGAACUGGCUCUCUUCCAAGAUUAUCAUGGUUUACCCGAUUUCAAGAAUGAGCUGGUGGAGUUCAUGGCAGAAAUAAGAGGAAACAAAGUAAAUUUUGAUCCCAGAAAACUUGUUCUGAUGGCUGGGGCUACCUCAGCCAAUGAGACGUUAAUGUUUUGCAUUGCCGAAUCUGGCGAUGCUUUCCUCCUUCCCACUCCAUACUACCCUGGGUUUGAUAGGGAUCUUAAAUGGAGAACAGGAGUUGAACUCGUUCCAAUACAUUGCUCGAGUUCGAAUGGCUUCAAAGUUACCAAAUGUGCACUGGAAGAAGCUUAUCAACAAGCCCACAAACUCAGCUUAAAUGUUAAAGGAGUACUGAUCACCAAUCCUUCAAACCCGUUGGGCACCACAAUGGGCCGUGACGAGCUCAACGACCUCAUCGAUUUCGCUGUUGCCAAAAAAAUCCAUAUAAUAAGUGAUGAAAUUUAUUCAGGAACGGUGUUCGACCAUCCCAGUUUCAUAAGCAUCAUGGAAGCUCUUAUGGACAGAAAGCUUCAAGACACCGACCUCUGGAGCCGCGUUCACAUUGUUUACAGUCUCUCGAAGGAUCUAGGCCUUCCUGGAUUUAGGGUCGGAAUGAUUUAUUCCAACAAUGAAACAGUAGUAUCAGCAGCGACCAAAAUGUCAAGCUUCGGCCUCAUUUCUUCCCAAACUCAGUAUUUACUCUCGAAAAUUCUGUCGGACAAAAAGUUCACCAGGAAUUACCUGAAAGAGAAUCGCAAGAGACUUAAAACGAGGCGGGAAAUGAUUGUUGCGGCCCUGCGAAACGCGGGAAUUGGGUGUUUGAAGAGCAAUGCCGGGCUGUUCUGCUGGGUGGACAUGAGGCACCUUCUGAGCUCUAACACAUUUGACGCGGAAAUGGAGCUUUGGAAGAAGAUUCUACGUGAAGCUGGGUUGAACAUCUCUCCAGGAGCGUCUUGCCAUUGCAGCGAACCGGGGUGGUUUAGAAUAUGCUUCGCAAACAUGUCUGAAGACACCUUAAACCUAUCGAUGCAGCGGAUCAAGGCCUUGGCAGAGAGAAUCCAGCAGUGCAGGCGAGGUCGUGUGACCCACCAAGAUUCAGGCUGUAACUCAAGAAGAAGGUCAUUCUCCAAGUGGGUUCUCAAUCUCUGUUCCUAUGAUCGUGAACCGGAUCGUUGA